AUGGAGUCACAAACUACACAUCCUCAUGCCCAUACUUACGCUGAAGACCCACACACAGUGGAAGAAGGAGAGGAUGAGCAUCACCACGAGAAGAAAUCUGUACUAAAGAAAGUGAAAGCGAAGGCCAGGAAGAUUAAGGACACACUCACAAAGCAUGGACACGGUCACGACCACGAACCUGAUCACGAUUACCAUUACGACGAUCAGUCUGAAGAAGACGAAGAAAUGGUAGAAGAUCCACAAGUUGACGGUGCACCAGAUAAUAUAGAAGUGUAUAAGUCUGUUCAUCACGUGCCUGGUGUCGACAAACAUGUAUCGUUCCCUGAUGAAAGUAAUGGGACCAGGGUCGGUGCUGGUAGUAUCACUGGGGAUGUUGUCCGUGGGCGAGAAGAAAAUAUUGAGCCACUGAGGGUCAAUGUUGGUAGAUCAGAUCUGGAGGUGGAUCCUGAUGCUCCCAGGGGUUCGCGUGAGGCCUUUUCUGAUCCUUCAAAUUAUCAGGCCAAAGUCAGUGAUCCAACUGGCACAGGUGGUGAAACAGUGGGUAUCACUCCACUUCUUCAUUCAUUCAAUAAAAUGGACGUCUAUGACGAAUCAGCUCCGACGCCAAAACUAGGAACAGGGCUGCAGGUUCCAUAUACUAUGGGAAGCCAUGACCAGUUCUCUCCAGAGACAAUUCCUACUAGUACUACCACCACUCCAGGAAUUAAUACUGAAUCAUCCCCAAAGAGAUUUGAUGCUACCGAACCUGAAAGUCUACCCCACGACACUUUGAGUAGCUACACCGGUAAGGUAUCGUCCGCCACUUCUGCAAUAACUGACAAAGCUGUCUCCUCCAAGAAUGUCAUAGCUUCUAAGCUUGGAUAUGGCAAUAAAGAAGAAACUGAGACACCGGAAAUGCACGAGAAAGGUGACACUGGCAAUGCAGCAUCUGUAGGAGAAUAUAGGCAGAAAAUUGCCUCUGCAGUGACGGGGAAGUUGGCACCGGUGUAUGAAAAAGUCGCCGAGGUGGGCAGUACAGUGAUGUCAAAGGUGCCGGUGGGCACAGGGACGGAAGACCCGGGACAUGGAACCGGAGAGCAAGGAGCUGACAAAGGGGUAUCAGUGACGGAGUACUUGGCUGGGAAGUUCAGGCCUAGCGAUGAAGACAGGGCACUUUCGGAGGUGAUUUCUGAUGCAUUUCAGAAGCGGAAGGAAGAGCCGGAGGAGUCGGGAAAGGCAAAGCCGAUGGGGAAGGUGACGGAGUCCGAGGAGGUGGCGAGGCGGUUGGGCACUGACAAUGAGGGUACCAGGAAUUAUAAGGGUGAUGGUUUUUCUGGAAACAUGAGCACUACUAAGGGCGUGGUGGAUAGACUUAAGGGUGCAGUUGGUACUUGGUUUGGGAAGCCCAGUGAGUCACAGAGUUCUCAGGAGUUACAUGGCACUUCAUAUGGUAUUUAUUUCUUUAGUCUUUUUACUUUAUAAGGUUGCUGCUUGUAAAUUGAUUCCGAGUAUUUUAGAUAU